GUGGUUUAACUGCAGGAAGUAAAACAACUUGUGAAGUGCAGGAAAAAAUAAUAAAACCCACAUUUAAUUUUUAUUUCUUCAUACAGCCGAUUACAUAGUAUAGUUUAUCUAUGUUCACUGACAUUAUUGAAAUUUAAAUUGAAGGAUUUUGCGACUUAUGCACAUGGCGACCAUCUUGCGUCAUCUGCUAGUACUCGUGCAAUCUUCGCAAAGCCGAUGCAAUAUAUGCCCGAAACAUAUAUAAUCAACUACUCUAAGAACAAAUCAGUAGCAUUUUUAAUAUUUGAAAAUUACGAUGGCACCUACAGAGGGAUCUGGUCCACAACAAGAUACUUCAACUGGCCGGAAAAGUACAGCCAAAUUGACAGAGAUACUGGAUAUUGAACGGAAGGUCCAGGAACGGUGGGAAGCAGAACAUGUUUUUGAGGAAGAUGCUCCACUGCAGGGAACACAGGCAGCAAAACAGGAGAAGUUUUUGGUAACAUUUCCAUACCCCUACAUGAAUGGGCGACUUCAUCUGGGUCAUACUUUCUCCCUGUCAAAAUGCGAGUUUGCAGUUGGAUACCAAAGAAUGACGGGAAAGAAAUGUCUGUUUCCCUUCGGUCUGCACUGCACAGGCAUGCCCAUAAAGGCAUGUGCUGACAAACUCAAAAAUGAAAUUGCGGACUAUGGCUACCCACCUGUUUUCCCAGUAGAGCAAGAGGAAGAAAAAACAGACACUAAGGAACCUGAGGUUGGCAAGGACAAGUCUAAGGGGAAGAAGGGUAAAGUGCUAGCCAAGACAGGUGGCCUAAAGUACCAGUGGCAGAUCAUGGCUUCUCUGGGCUUGAGUGAUGAAGAGAUCAGAGAGUUUACUGACCCAGCACACUGGCUCAAGUACUUCCCCCCUCUGGCCCAGGCUGAUUUGCGAUCCAUGGGUAUUAAGGUUGACUGGAGAAGAAGUUUCAUAACAACAGAUGCCAACCCAUAUUAUGACUCUUUUGUGAGAUGGCAAUUCAUCCGCCUUAAGGAGAGAAACAAGGUCAAAUUUGGAAAAAGAUACACAAUCUUCUCCCCCAAAGACAACCAACCCUGCAUGGACCAUGAUCGAAGCUCAGGGGAGGGGGUAGGGCCUCAGGAGUAUACUCUGAUCAAGAUGAAAAUACAACAACCUUUUCCUGAAAAACUGAGGCCCCUGUCUGGAAAAAAUGUGUUCCUUGUGGCAGCUACUCUCCGACCAGAGACUAUGUUUGGGCAGACUAACUGCUGGGUCCGUCCAGACAUGAAGUACAUUGCUGCAGAGAUGAACGGGGAGGUGUUUAUCUGCACUGAACGGGCAGCACGUAACAUGAGCUAUCAGGAGAUGACAACUGACAAUGGAAGGGUCAAGGUCCUGGUGGAGCUAACUGGACAGGACAUUCUAGGUGCUGCAUUGCAGUCUCCUCUGACAUCCUAUCCUACAGUGUAUACACUUCCUAUGCUGAAUAUCAAAUAUGGCAAAGGAACUGGUGUUGUCACCAGCGUGCCGUCUGAUUCACCGGAUGACUUUGCUGCUUUGAGAGACUUGAAAAAGAAGGAACCCUUCAGACAGAAAUAUGGAAUAAAAGAUGAGAUGGUGAUGCCCUUUGAACCUGUGCCCAUCAUUGAAGUGCCAGAGUUUGGCAAUUUGUCAGCAGUGACAGCCUGUGAGCGAUAUAAAGUGGCCAGUCAAAAUGACCGUGACAAGCUAGAAGAGGCAAAACUGGAGGUCUACCGCAAAGGCUUCUAUGAUGGGGUCAUGCUUGUGAAAGGUUAUGAAGGCCAGAAGGUUCAAGAUGUAAAAAAGGCCAUUCAGAGCCUAAUGAUUGAAAAGAAUGAGGCCCUUAUCUACCAGGAGCCAGAGAAUCAGGUGAUAUCUCGAUCAGGGGAUGAGUGUGUGGUGGCAUUGUGUGAUCAGUGGUUUCUGGAUUAUGGAGAAGAAGAAUGGAAAACACAAGCAAGAGAGUGUUUAGCUGAACUGAAUACAUUCUCAGACGAUGUCCGUCACAACUUUCUAGCCACUCUCGAUUGGCUGCAUGAACAUGCUUGUUCGCGCUCUUAUGGACUUGGCACCAAGAUGCCAUGGGAUCCUCAGUAUUUGAUUGAGAGCCUGUCAGACUCCACAAUCUACAUGGCAUUCUACACAGUUGCACAUCUCCUUCAGGGGGGUGUGGUGAACGGUAGUCAGCCUGGCCCAGCCAACAUCAGACCAGAGCAGAUGACCCUGGAAGUGUGGGAUUACAUUUUUUUCAAAGAGGCUCCAUUUCCAAGUAACUGCAAGAUUCCCAAGGCCACUCUCAACAGCCUGAAAGCAGAGUUUGAGUACUGGUACCCAGUGGAUGUGCGAAUGUCUGGAAAAGACCUUAUCCAGAAUCACUUAACAUACUACAUCUACAACCAUAUUGCUAUGUGGCCAAAUGACAAGACCAAGUGGCCUAAAGCAAUCCGUGCCAAUGGCCAUAUCCUUCUGAACUCGGAGAAGAUGUCAAAAUCUACAGGAAACUUCUUAACCUUGACUGAGGCUGUGGCCAGGUUUUCUGCUGAUGGUAUGCGCCUGUCACUGGCAGAUGCUGGUGACACCGUGGAGGAUGCCAACUUUGUGGAAAAAAUGGCGGAUGCUGGUCUUCUACGCCUGUAUACCUUGCUGGAAUGGGUCAAAGAAAUGAUUGCCAGUCAAGGGGAGCUUCGGACUGGUCCGCCAGAAGCAUACACUUUUAGUGACAAAGUGUUCUUAAGUGAGAUCAACAAAACCAUAAAGGAAACGCAGGCUCAUUUUGAUGCCUUCAUGUUCAAAGAGGCUCUCAGGACUGGCUUCUUUGAGUUUCAGGGCAAACGUGACAAGUACCGAGAAGUGGCAACAGAGGGCAUGCACCGCGACUUGGUCUUCCUCUUUAUCAAAGUGCAGGUGCUGCUGAUGGCACCCAUUACACCUCACAUGGCUGAGUUCAUCUGGGGAGAACUACAGAAAGAACUCUUAGGUGAGAGCAUCAUGCACGCUGCAUGGCCAGUUGCAGGCCCUGUUGAUGAGGUCUUGAUCAGGUCUUCUGAGUAUCUGAUGGACGCAGCUCAUGAGUUUCGCCUACGUCUUAAGACUGCCCUUCAUCCUGGCAAAAACAAAAAGGCAUCAGUUCCCACGCAUGGUACUGUAUGGGUAGCAAAGACCUACCCUCCUUGGCAGAACACUGUACUGACCACUUUAAAACAACUGUACAAUGCUAAUCAAGGUUUUCCGGACAACAAAGUAAUCUCCAGUGAACUCAAAGACAAGCCAGAGUUAAAGAAGUACAUGAAGAAAGUCAUGCCCUUUGUGCAGGUGGCCAAGGAAAAUUUCAACAAACACGGAGUACGUGCUUUGGAUUUGACAUCAGAGUUUGAUGAGAAAGAAGUACUAGAUAUAAACCGUGCCUACUUGUGUAAUACCCUGGAGUUGGAGGGAUUGGACAUCAAGUUUUCCGAAGGUGCAGAUGAGAAAGUACGGGAAGACUGUUGCCCAGGAAAACCAUUUAUUACUUAUCGCACUGAGCCUUCAGUAAAUAUACUCCUCAUCAACCAACAGCAAGGUAGUGGACUUUUCGAGAUGUCAGUACCUGUCUUUGAAGGCGAUAUUCCAGCCAAGAUUGCAGCUCGUCUGGCUAAAUCUGAGCGAUCCAAAAUCAAGGAUCCAUCCUUGGUGCAGAUCCUGCGUUACAAAGAUGCUAAUGCUGGAUGGAGAAGCAUCCCACAGCUCAAUGGUGCUGGCGAUGACAAAGUAGUUAUAUCUGCAACAGCUGUCUUCCAUAUUGACACCACUUCAAACAGCAUUUUUGCUGAGGAAAAUAGUGCCAAACUGCCUCUGGGCAGACAGAUUGUGUACCGUGUCAUGUGACGCAUUUGCUUCACUGUUCUGAGAGAAUGUGAAGAACUUUCUGGCACAAAUAUACUCACAAAUUGGAAAGAUAAGCCUUUUCAAAAAACUGUUUUAUAACUUAAAAGGUUUGGAUUUAUUUCUCAUUUGAAGAGGUUAACAUAAUUUUCAACUACACAUGCUCAACUGAACUAUAAAGAGUUAAUCUUGACAUGCAGCUUAUGUGGCAGAGAGAAAAUAUUUCUUGAUUAGUGAACUAUUUCACAUCUUUUAAAUCUUUAAAUUUCCUCCAUUUUCUUGAGAAGCUGAAAAAAUAUAUAAAAAAGAAUAUUGUAUAAGUCUGUGCAGUUGGUUGUGGGUACUUUGAAUUAACAUUUGAUAUUAAGUGACCAUUAGGUGUCCUUAAACUAUUUUGAGUGUUGAAAGAAAAAGAACCAGUUCUCUGUAUAGCAAAAUUUUCAAAGUUCAAAUUCUCUACAUAAUAAAAUUGUAGAUGUAGAAAAGGAUAAGAUUGAGACAUGGCUGGUAUGCUGCAUUUCAUGUGUGGUGUGUGUGUGGUGUAUGUGUCUGUUUGUGUUCUAAGAGCUUAGUAUGAAUGCGGUUUCCUCUUGUGUAGUCUUCUUUAUUGUCAGCAGCACUGAAGAACAUGUUAUUUGUCUUACCUCAGUAGUGAAUGAAUAAGUAAAAGUCAUGUUGUAAUGUUGA